GACCGAAUCAGAUCGACGGAUAAUUGAUCUUUGCCGAGCCCUAUAAGGCCAAGCCGCGCCGAUUCCGCAGCAGAAGCAGAAGCAGAAGCAGAAGCAGAACCGAGUGGUUGGUAGCUGCGUGCUUGCCUACUCUCCAAUCGCGAAGGGGUCACCUGAGAUCACAGAAAACAAUGGUGAAGGCUAUAGCUGUUCUUAGUGGUUCGGAAGAAGUGAAGGGCACAAUCUUUUUUGCGCAGGAAGGAGAUGGUCCAACUAAAGUUACUGGAGUCAUCUCUGGUCUUAAGCCUGGGCUUCAUGGCUUCCAUGUUCAUGGCUUUGGUGACACUACAAACGGCUGCUUGUCCACUGGUGCUCAUUUUAAUCCUGAUGGAAAAGAACACGGAGCUCCUGAAGAUGAGAACCGUCAUGCUGGUGAUCUUGGAAACGUGAAAGCUGGAGAGGAUGGGACUGCAACAGUUGAAGUUUCGGAUUUACAGAUUCCUCUCACUGGCCCAAACUCCAUCAUUGGAAGGGCUGUUGUUGUCCAUGCUGAUCCUGAUGACCUUGGAAAAGGUGGUCACGAGCUUAGCAAGUCUACUGGAAAUGCUGGCGGAAGACUGGCAUGUGGCAUAAUUGGACUGCAGGCUUGAUUGGUCGUGUCCUGCCUUCUAUUUUACUGGCUGGUAAUAUUGUGCUGUGUGUUAAAUAAUAAGAAGCCAAAGUUUUUGGACAAAUGCUAUUGGCCUUACCAACUGCCUAAACUAUAUCCACUCCUUUUCUGUUAUAUUUUCCUCUAUGGUGAGGGCUUCUACUGUGCUGAAUGUCGGCCUGAGAGAAACAUUGUAGUGAUUCAUGUGGGAAUGUAUGUACGGUGUAACUCUCUCUAUAUACAACGCCAAAAUUUUAUUUUA